UUUUUUUUCAGUUACUAUACAAGACUCCGGUUGAUAAGUAAUUAAAAUGAAGAUUCUAUUCCUGACUGUAGCUCUUCUGUGUUUCACAUUCGCUUUCGCGGAUGAGCAUGGAGACGCAGCAAAAGAUAUGUCGCCGAUGGGAGGAAAAGCUGACGACCACAGUGAUGAUGAUGGGCAUACCCACGACGGAGAAGAGGCUGAUCACAGUCAUGACGACGACGAUAAUGAUGACGAUCAUGAUGAUGACAAAGACGAGGGCUACGGAGAAGGAUCUCGUGGUGGUGAUGAUGAAAGAACAAAAAUAAUGGAGUUCAUGAAAGAUUUGAUGGGAAAAAUGCCAAAAGGAGGCGAUGAUGACGGGAAAAAAAUGAUGGAGUUCAUGGGCAAGCUUCUCGGAUUGGUCGGCAAAGGCAGAGAUCAUGAAGAUGGCGAAGAUGGCGGUUAUGGUGAUGGUGAAGAUGGCGGGUAUGGUGAGGGCGAAGAUGGCGGGUAUAGUGAUGGCAAAGAUGGCGGUUAUGGUGAUGGCGACGAUGGCGGUUAUGGGGAUGGCGACGAUGGUGGUUAUGGUGAUGGCGACGAUAGCGGUUAUGGUGAUGGCGACGAUAGCGGUUACGGUGACUUCGGGAAGGGCGGGAAAAAAAGUGAUGUCGACGCUCUCAUGAAAAUCAUAACCGAAGUUUUAGAUCAACUUCUUCCAGGAGGUAAAGGUGGAUACGACAGUAAAGGAAUAAUGCAAACGGGCGGGAAAAAAAGUGAUGUCGACGCUGUCAUGGAAAUCAUAAACAAAGUUUUAGAUCGACUUCUUCCAGGAGGAGGAAAACAGUCAAGUCCUGCGAAAACAAUAACAGAACUGGCAUUAGGAGUUCUGGAUGGAUUGUUUCCAGGAUGGCAAAGUAAACAAGGUGGAUACGGCGGUAAAGGAAAGUUGGGGUUCGGUGGAAUGGAAUGGAAUCCAAGAAAGAGUGCUCAAACAGUGACAGAAAUUACAUUGGGUGUUCUAGACGGAUUACUUCCAGGAUGGCAAAGUAAAAUCGGAAAAGGAAGUUAUGGAGCUGGGGGAUACGGUAGUCAAGCAGCCGGACAUUACGGUGGGGUGCAAUGGAACCCAGCAAAAACCGCGCAGGGUGUCACAGAAAUGACAUUGGGUGUUUUGGAAGGACUAUUUCCUGGUUGGCGAAGUAAGAUUGGAAAAGGAAGUUAUGGAGCUGGAGCAUACGGUAGUAAAGCAUACGGACAAUACGGUGGGGUGCAAUGGAACCCAGCAAAAAAAGCGCAGGGUGUCACAGAAAUGACAUUGGGUGUUUUAGAAGGACUAUUUCCUGGCUGGCGAAGUAAGUUGGGAAAAGGAAGUUAUGGAGCUGGAGGAUACGGUAGUAAAGCAGCCGGACAAUACGGUGGUGUACAAUGGAACCCAGCAAAAAAAGCGCAGGGUGUCACAGAAAUGACAUUGGGUGUUUUAGAAGGACUAUUUCCUGGCUGGCAAGGUAAGAUGGGAAAAGGAAGUUAUGGAGCUGGAGGAUACGGUAGUAAAGCAGCCGGACAAUACGGUGGUGUACAAUGGAACCCAGCAAAAAAAGCGCAAGGUGUCACAGAAAUGACAUUGGGUGUUUUAGAAGGACUAUUUCCUGGCUGGCAAGGUAAGAUGGGAAAAGGAAGUUAUGGAGCUGGAGGAUACGGUAGUAAAGCAGCCGGACAAUACGGUGGAUUUCAAUGGGAUCCAAAACGAAACGCAGAGAAAGUUACAGAACUGACCUUGGGAGUUUUAGAAGGAUUGGCUCCAGGAUGGCAGAGCAAAUACGGUAGUAAAACAGCAAGACGUGGUGGAAUGGGUGGAUACGAUUAUAGUUCCAUGGGAGAAAAAGGUGGAUUCGAAGAUUGGAUGAAAGGCCGCGGGUGGGGAAAAGGUGGUUACAGUGGAAAGGGGGAUUUCUCUGAAAUAAUGAGUUCAGUGAUGAAAAUGUUUAUGGGAGGCAACGGAGGCGAAUGGCCAAAAUGGUAGAAAGAAAGAUAUAUUGCAAUAUUAAGUUAUGCCUACUUUCUUAUUGAGAGGUCGAUAUUAAAUUGUAAAAUUGCAUAUUUACUAUCAGAGCAACAAGAAGAAAAGUACGAAAUAGAAAUAUAAUUUGACCAGUUUUUAUCAAUGUUUACUUCGAUGUACAUUAUUUCAAGACUAUCAUGUUAUGCGCUAUAACUAUACCAUGAAAUUGAAUAAACAAUAUAACCGCCACAC